UCCAAUGGCAAUCUAACCCAAACCAUUAAUGGGUUUAAUACACGAGAUAUACUUCGGGUUCAUUAUUGUACUAGACUUGUUACGGUAUCUUUUUCCCUUCGCAAUACGCUGUCAUUGUGUAACUUUAAGCGGAAAAUGGUUUAAUUGUAAUAUACUUGUAUUCUGUGAUUUUGGGUAUUGUGUUCGUGUAAUUUCCGUUGUAUUGUAUGCACCCUAACAUUCCCAAUUCCCCCAAAAAUUAUUUAUUUAAAAGCUUCGAAGUUUUCCUUCAAACGUUACACUUCUUGUGCAUCAUAAUUCAUAAAUUAACAAAAAAAGUCGGUUCUAAAAGUAACUCGCACAGGAAUACUUUUACUCUUUUCAUUUCUUCUUUUUGGAUAAAAGAAAAUAUUAUAAAAGGUGAUACAAUAUUUUAAAACAAACUUCUUUCCCCGAUAUUAAAAUUAUAAAAUUUUAGCUCGAAACUUUUUUCAACAUCCUUUCAUUCGGUUCUAAAAAAAAAAAAAAAAAAA